GCAGCCAUGGUAAUCUUUCACAAAGAGAAAUCUGAUCAUGUUAUUCCUGUGCUGAAUUCUUUUGGUCAGUGGUUUCCUCUGUCCAGGUGCUUCGGCAAGUACUCUGCCCUCCCCCAUCACUGUCGUUGACUUGUCUUGCCCACAAGACUGUACCCUGUACAAGGACUUUGUGCACUGUUGUGUUCCCAACACCUGAUGCAAUAAUUGGAUAAAUGUCUGUUGAAUGAUUUCUCCCUUCUCAUUCCCCUUUGCUAGGCCCUUUCUCCCAAGCCAGGAAGUUAUACCUCAGAGUGACUGUGGGUGAGGACAGUCUGUCUCUCUGGCUGGUCUGGCACUGAUUUCCAUCCUGAACUGGUGUUGCCUCUCCCCUUCCUCUUGGCCAAUCUCUCUUUUACCAAUAUAAGCCCAAACCAGAGGCCAGUGGGCAGUCGUGCAUUUCAUGGCAGGCCCUGCAGAGAAGCGGGAUCUGGAGCCCUGGGGCCUCUGGAGAACUCUCCAAGCCCUGUGGAUGGUCCUCUUAACAGUGCUGGUCAUGAGAAGUGUGGUGUUUGGUAAGAUUGUUCCUGUCAAUCAGAAACCAUCUCAGUUCCCCAAGUACCUGCGCUGCUAUCGAUGCCUCUUAGAGACCAAGGAGUUGGGGUGCCUUCUGGGAUCUGACAUCUGCCUCACACCAGCUGGCAGCAGUUGCAUCACUCUCCACAUAAAGAACAGCAGUGGAUCCGAUGUCAUGGUGAGUGACUGCCGCAGCAAGGAACAGAUGAGUGAUUGUUCGCAUACCCGCACUUCUCCAGUGUUUGGCUUCUGGAUAUUCUCCCAGUGCUGCUUCCUGGAUUUCUGCAAUGACCCUCAAAACAGAGCACUCCAUACUCCUUAGAACGACUCCAGAAACGCUUAGAGGAAAAGUACAUUUCUGGCCGCUCUCCUGACUUCUACCUGGGCUCAGCCAGGACAACUUUCCAGUCUCUCAUACCAGCUCCCUCUGGCUCCUUCAAGUCACUGGAUCUCAGCCUUGGCCCUCUUCCUCUUAGUCAACAGCCUUCAACACCCCUGUUCCUACUCUAUCCCCUUUUGACCCCCCAAAGGCUCCCUCUUUUGCCCCACGGUCCCAGGCAUUCUUCCAAAAUAAAUUGGUGUGUAAACUGCUUGGUUUGUCUCUCUCUUCUGGUGAAGGAGAGGCUGGCCUGAUUCUCUCUUCA